AUGGUCUGGAUGAAGGAGCAGAGUACAUCCUUAGCAAGUUUGCUGAUGGGAGGCACUGUUGAUUCUCUGAAGUUACGGCAACCUCCUGUUAAACGUUUGCGGCUAAGAGGGGAUUGGUCAGAUACUGGCCCAAGAGCAAGGCCUGAGAGUGAACGGGAGAGAGAUGGAGAACAGAGUCCUAAUGUCUCUCUAAUGCAGAGGAUGUCAGACAUGCUGUCAAGAUGGUUUGAAGAAGCUAGUGAAGUUGCACAAAGUAAUCGAGGACGAGGAAGAUCGCGGUCCAGAGGUGGGACUAAUCGGACAGAUGCUUCUGCUAGUAAUAAUGUGCCACCUAGUACAGAAUCAGAAACUGCGAUGGAAGUAGAUGGUUCUGAACAACUUCCAUCAUCUUCAUCUUCUACAAUGUCAGCCCAAGCUCCUUCAACAUCAUCUUCAACGGGAAGUCCCCCUUCAACUUCAUUAUUGUCCUCUCCUGAUAAUGAACAAAGGCCUUCUUUGGGGGCCUCAUCUCAACCUGUGCUCCAUCAGUCUGGUGAGAAGAAAUCCAUCUUGUCACAAUUCGAUAAGCCAUUUUAUUUUAGGAUAUUUUGGGUAACUGAUUUCUAUCUUCGCUUAUUAAUAAGACUAUCUAUUUUAUAGUUACCAAGUGACUGGUAAGCUUUCAGUUUAAAUAAAGAGUAAAAACAUCAACUGUACACAUUUGCCUGACGAGGGAAAUGUUA